UUGACUCGAGCGAGGAUUUUCAUGCGGGAGCAACAUGGCUGCGCCAGUAGGGUCUACUCUGCCGCAACCGGAGUCUCUUCCUCCGCCCAAGAAGAUUGUAGCUCCCACCGUGUCUCAGAUUAACGCGGAGUUCGUGACGCAGUUGGCAAAUAAAUAUUGGGCACCGCAUGUCAAGAAAAAGCUGCCUUUUGAGACAAAGGUUAUUGAAGAUGUGUAUGAAAAAGAAAUCGUUAGGUCAAAAUUUGCUAUUAGAAAAAUAAUGCUUCUAGAAUUCAGUCAGUACCUUGAAAAUUACUUAUGGGUGAAUUAUGCUCCUGAAUUGUCCAGCAAGGCUUACUUGAUGUCCAUCUGUUGUAUGGUGAAUGAAAAGUUCAGAGAAAAUGUUCCAGCUUGGGAGACAUUCAAGAAGAAGCCAGAGCAUUUUCCAUUCUUUUUCAAACGUGUACUGGCUGCUUCCUUGGCAGAGAAUGACAGUGAAAUCACUCUGCAAGAGCAGACAAUACUCUUGCUUUUCCUUGAUCACUGCUUCAACAGUUUGGAAGUGGACUUGAUCCGAGGGCAAAUCCAGCAACUCAUCUCCCUCCCAAUGUGGAUGGGGCUGCAGCCUGCUCGUCUAGAACUUGAAUUGAAAAAGACACCGAAGCUUAGAAAAUUUUGGAAUUUGAUCAAGAAGAAUGAUGAGAAAAUGGAUGAAAAUACACGAAUACAGACAUAUCAGGAAAGAAAAUUCCUUUCACAACUUAUCCAGAAAUUUAUCUCUGUAUUAAAGUCGAUACCCAUUUCAGAUACUCUCUGUAUGGAUAAAGUGCGUUACUGUGAAAGAUUCAUUGAAUUCAUGAUAGAUUUAGAGGCUCUGCUUCCAACACGGCGAUGGUUCAAUACUAUACUAGACGAUUCCCACCUAGUUGUACAUUGUUAUUUAUCCAGCCUAGCCAAAAGGGUCAAAGAGGGACAUCUGUUCUGCCAGCUUUUAGACAUGCUCAAAUUCUACACUGGAUUUGAAAUUAAUGAUCAGACUGGAAAUGCUUUGACUGAAAAUGAAAUGACUACAAUUCAUUAUGAUAGAAUUACUUCCCUCCAGAGAGCUGCCUUUGCACAUUUCCCAGAACUCUAUAAUUUUGCCCUCUCAAAUGUAUCAGCUGUAGAUACACGUGAUUCUCUGAUAAAGCUUUUUGGGCCUCUAAGUCCAGAUACGCUCCACCAGGUGGCAUCAUAUCUCUGCUUACUGCAAGCCCUACGUGAAGGAGAAAAUACAAGUUAUGAAAAAUAUUUUCUGCUUGAACUACUGGUCUCUCGGCACGAACGUAGAAUUUCUCAAAUUCAGCAGCUUAAUCAGAUGCCUCUGUAUCCCACUGAGAAGAUCAUUUGGGAUGAAAAUAUUGUCCCAACUGAAUACUAUUCUGGAGAAGGCUGCCUCGCCCUCCCAAAAUUGAAUUUACAGUUUCUGACACUUCAUGAUUACCUCCUGAGAAAUUUCAACCUCUUUCGUCUGGAGUCUACAUAUGAAAUCAGACAAGACAUUGAAGAUAGUGUCAGUAGGAUGAAACCAUGGCAAUCAGAAUAUGGUGGUGUUGUCUUUGGUGGAUGGGCUCGAAUGGCACAGCCCAUUGUCUCUUUCACCAUCAUAGAGGUAGCAAAGCCAAACAUAGGAGAAAAUUGGCCCAUGAGAGUCCGUGCAGAUGUUACAGUUAACUUGAACAUAAGAGAUAACAUCAAAGAUGAAUGGGAAGGUUUGCGCAAACAUGAUGUCUGCUUUCUAAUUACUGUCCGACCCACACAGCCUUAUGGUACCAAGUUUGAUAGAAGGCAGCCAUUUGUGGAACAAACUGGCCUUGUUUAUGUCAGGGGAUGUGAAAUCCAGGGCAUGCUGGAUGAUAAGGGACGUGUCAUUGAAGAGGGGCCAGAACCCAAACCAAGACUUAAAGGUGACUCAAGAACAUUUAGAGUGUUCUUGGAUCCUAAUCAAUAUCAACAAGACAUGGCCAGUACUAUCCAAAGUGGAACAGAAGAUGUGUAUGAAACAUUUAAUAUAAUAAUGAGAAGAAAACCAAAAGAAAACAAUUUUAAAGCUGUUCUGGAGACUAUAAGAAAUUUGAUGAACACGGACUGUGUUGUUCCUGAUUGGCUGCAUGACAUUAUCCUUGGUUAUGGUGAUCCAGGGAGCGCUCACUAUUCAAAAAUGCCAAAUCAGAUUGCCUGCUUGGAUUUUAAUGAUACCUUCCUUUCCAUUAAUCACUUAAAAGCUAGCUUUCCUGGAUAUAGCAUUAAAGUAACUGUGGAAGACCAGGCAUUACAGAUUCCACCAUUCAGGAUAACAUUUCCAGUCAGAAAUGAGACAGGAAAGAAACGGAAAGAGAGUGAUGAAGAAAGUACCGAAAGCUCUAAAAUAUUAAUUGUUGACCCACAUGUCAUCCCUAACAGAGGGCCUUACCCAUAUAAUCAACCCAAGCGAAAUACCAUUCAAUUUACUCAUACCCAGAUUGAAGCGAUCCGUGCAGGAAUGCAACCUGGUUUGACAAUGGUAGUAGGGCCACCUGGUACAGGUAAAACUGAUGUGGCAGUGCAGAUAAUAUCUAACCUCUAUCACAACUUUCCUGAGCAGAGGACUCUUAUUGUCACACAUUCCAAUCAGGCUUUAAACCAACUGUUUGAAAAAAUCAUGGCUCUAGAUGUUGAUGAGCGUCACCUCUUGCGUCUUGGUCAUGGAGAGGAAGAACUGGAGACUGAGAAAGAUUUCAGCAGGUAUGGAAGAGUAAACUAUGUUCUCUCUCGGAGACUGGAACUUCUACGAGAGGUUGGGCGAUUACAAGAGAGUUUGGGUGUCCCAGGAGAUGUUUCCUAUACUUGUGAAACAGCUGGUCAUUUCUUUUUAUAUCAAGUAAUGUCUCGCUGGGAAGAAUAUAUGGUCAAAGUGAAAGCUAAAGGCAGCAAGCUUCCUGAAGUUGCUGAUAUCUGCAGCUUCUUUCCUUUUCACCAAUAUUUUGCAAAUGCCCCUCAGCCAAUUUUUAAAGGCAGAUCUUACAGAGAAGAUAUGGAAAUUGCUGAAGGAUGUUUUAGGCAUAUUAAGAAAAUAUUUACUCAACUCGAGGAAUUUAGAGCAUUUGAACUGCUCCGUAGCGGACUGGACAGAUCAAAGUAUUUACUUGUGAAGGAAGCAAAGAUAAUUGCAAUGACUUGUACUCAUGCUGCAUUGAAACGCCAUGACUUAGUUGAGCUGGGUUUUAAGUAUGAUAAUAUCUUAAUGGAAGAGGCUGCUCAGAUACUGGAAAUUGAAACUUUUAUACCACUCCUUUUGCAGAAUCCACAGGAUGGGUUCAGCCGAUUAAAACGGUGGAUAAUGAUUGGGGAUCAUCAUCAGUUGCCACCAGUCAUUAAAAAUAUGGCUUUUCAAAAGUAUUCAAACAUGGAACAGUCUCUUUUUACACGGUUUGUUCGUGUGGGAGUGCCAACCAUUGACUUGGAUGCCCAAGGGAGAGCAAGAGCAAGGUAAGGCAUAGGAAAAAUUUUAAGGAAAAGGCUUUG